CGAACCGAAACCAUGGGAGCGCGACCUCGGGCCUCGUACGCGCUCAUGCCGCCCACACAUCACCACAAGAGUGACGAGAGCGACGGCGAUAACAGCGACAGCGAUACUGAAGAUCACCUGCAAUCACGUGUGGGUCGGUCGCAACAAGCGGCGCUGUGGAGCACUAGACUACACGCCUUCCUGUGGAUUGCGGCAGCUGGACUCCUGAUCUACGGGACCGACUUUUUCCGCGUCAUUUUCACAGACCCACGCGUUAAACGGGGGUUCUUUCAGGUGGCAUUGGUCUGCACUGGAGUCAACACUUGCAUUACGGUUGUCUAUUGCCCACGCAUGAUCCCUACUGCCACAAUAGUGGGUGUUGUGGCUACCUUUUGCUACAUCUGCGCCUUCUGGCCAAUUUGGGGGCUACUUACGCCGGGGUUACUUGGACUCGUGUUCACUGGGGCGCUCAUGACAGCACACUUCUUGCCACCGAUCUAG